CAAAAGAUUCUUAUAUUAGCUGUGUAACAAGAUGAUUGUAAGAAUAAUUACGUCGAACAGGUGAUUAUAUUGUGAAACUUAUCGGUUUGACCUCAGUGAUAUACUAAGUAAUAUAUAGUUUUCCAAUUAAAUAAAUAUUUAUGGAAUUUUACUGCUAUUGAAAAACGAUAAAUCCAAAAUUAUAAAACUGAGAAGUUUUGAAACGUACUACCUGGAGCCCAUCGCCAUGAAUCGUGUGGGCCAGGAAUGUACGUAAUAUUUCCAGCCGAAGAUCUAUUAUACAUGACAUACGGUGCCGCACUACCUAGAAUUAAGCCUCGACCAACUCUGGACAACCUGCGUGACCCACUUGUUCCCUUUGGCACUAGGCCCUCCUCUCCCACUAGCAAUGUCUUGACAUAUUCCCAAGACAUUUAUCCCAUUUCCUCAACCUAUGCCAAUCAAUCAUUACCUAAAGAAAUUAGUACCCGUCCCACUAGUGCCACACAAAAUGUUAAAACGGACGCAUUCGGUUACCCAACCUCACGUUUAGAAAACAAUCCGCGAGAACAUACACCAAGUAUUCAUGUGGAAUUUGCAAAUCCUGGCACCACAUCCUACAACCAUAAUCCACCUAUCAACAAAGAAAAAGACGAAAGCAGCAAACCUAAACACAGAUUCCACUUAAGCUUGGGACGGCUAGGACGUUCAAAGCAGAGUCAAAAGGCGGAACCGGCUCGUUUACGUGAUGUAACCGAGAUUCGUAUUGCAAAUCCAACAUUUACACGAGAAAAUUUGUGGCAACGAAAUUACGAUGCGUUUUUUGAAUCUGGUGAACCGGUUUACUCAUUAGAACGACGAGCUCCAUUCAAACCGACACCCGAACCCGAACCACCUCCAUCCUCAAUAAUCGACCAUCGGCCAAAUUCUCUGAAGUUUUUCAACAAACCAAAACCUUCAGUAACGUUCCGAUCGAAAAGCGCUGAAGUACCGGUAUCGGUUGAUGUGCCCCAGAAAGACUCACCAAAAAGCGCAGAGCGUAGACGUUUGUUUGGGUGGAGAGGUGCUCGUGGCGGCUCUCUCAGCCCAUCAGUAAGUAUGGCCACACCAUCCUGUAUAUUAAGAGAUUGUACCCAUCCAAACCUCAACGAGACGAUUAAAUCACACAAUGCAACUACUUUCAAAUUAGUCAAAACAGUAUCCGAUUUCACCGAACAAUUAUCAUUACUAUACGACCAACAUGCGGAAGCUUUACAAAUAUUAGUAUCAUCAUUCAGAAAGAAAAAUGGAGAAUUAAGGAAAGAACGACCAGCAUGCCAUUCUUCACUAUUCCAAGCUUGGGAAACAUUUUUACAAGAAAUUGAAGCCGAUUCAGUGUCAUCAAGCGAUGUUGCGAGUACACUAUCAAGACAGGUGUCACGGCCAAUGCUGGAGAGAACGUUUCACAAGAAAGUUCAAAGUAGAAAAAUAUUUACUCACCGAGAAUCUUUUGAUACUAUUAUUUCAAAGACUGAAGAAAAAUUAUCAAAGUGCCGAAUGGAUUACAAACAAUGUUACAUGGCUCAUCGUCAGAAUCCAACCCAACACACAUUGACCAUGUACAUUGAUUCACACAAUGCAUACGUGCAACAAUUGCAUGCCACCAAUGCCAUGAUGGAAACGUAUCAUUGUGACACAAUUCCGCAAUUGAUGCAAGAGCUGGAAGAGAUUUACAGUGAAUUGUGUGCAAUUGUUUCGGAUUCUGUAUUGCGCGGUGCUGAUAUUAUCUCAACAAAGGCAAACGAACAAUCCAAGCGAUAUGAUGCUUUAUCAACCCAAUGUAGAAUAGUUUCUGGUCAACAGGAUUUAAAUAGUUUUCUAAGAUUUUUACAACCGGAUUCACCGAAAGUUCCUAGAAAAGCUUAUGCGCCACCACAAUCAGGACCAGGCGAUGCCGAUGAUGUAUUAGCUUAUAGCGUAAGUAUUUCGUUGUGUUCUCUAUGCCGUACAGGUAAUCGAUUAUUCUACUGAAAGCAGGAUCAAUCACCUAUUCCACUAAAAAACGAACUGAUUAUUGAACGAAAUGCUUCUUUGCAAAUGAGACCAUCCGUAGAAGCACUGAAGAGGGAAGCUUCAGAUAUUGAGUUGCAAAUUCGACAAUUACAGGACACUAUCGAAACAUUAAUCCGUACACAAAUUCGAGGUCUCGAAAAUCAACUCUAUAACAAAGUUAACGAACUUCAGGAAGACAUUUCGAUGAAAAAAUUCGAUUUACGAGCCAAACAAAUACAUCUUGCUGCUGUUAGAGCUCAGAAGGAGCUAUUCUUAGGACGACCAUCUGAGCCCGGAUCGCCCAUUAGAAACGAAAGAAAACUUUCUGGUACCGUACCCAGUUCACUAUCAAUGAAAACAAAGUGGUUGAAGGCUUUCAAGAGCCUCAAGCCGACAUCAGGACCUACACCAGCCGAUAAAAAAAAUGGACCAACUCCAACUGGCAAGGUAUACGAGAGCGAGCAUCACAAUUUGCAGGAGUACACCUACAAGAAAAUAACACCUUGCGAUGUUUGUUCCCAAGUUUUAAGAGGACAUACACGUCAAGGAUUGCGAUGUAGGAUAUGCAAAUUUAAUGUACAUGUCGAUUGUGCAGCACAGCUGCCAAAAUGCCAGGCAAAACAAAAGUUAUUAAGACGACAGAAAAGUACAUCGGAAAUAGAAAAUCGUGUUGAUGUGGAAGAAGAGAAACCAAAUGAUAUCGAUCAAAUCUACCGAGUUCUAAAACAAGCUGGACAAAUAUCCAGUAAUAAAACGAACGAUAAAUCAGCUGCCAAUAACGGUACAACUACGGCGGCAGCAGUGACAACAACGGCGUCGGUUCAGCAGCAAGAAAUACCAACUUUGAAUGUACCAGAAUGUCCCGAAAGAACGGUACGUCGUGGACAGUUGAAGCCACAAGGCCAAAAUACACAAGUUAAAACUUGUUUAACAACUCCCGCCGCAGAUGUGUCCAGCUCAGCUCCACAUUCGCCACGUCGUCAAAAGCUUAACUUGCGCAUGAAAUCGCUAAGUUUAGACUCACCAGAAUCAACAGAACUUCACGGACAAAUGCGACGACGCUACCAACCCGGACCAUCCGGAAUGAGCUGUCAUGGUGGAUCUGGCGGAGGUCUGGAACAUACACCACCAUCAAACAACAGUCGUUUACAUUCUCCAUCGAGUCCGUCAGCAAAUCGAAAGCUUCUGAGUGCAACACGUAACAUAAGAACAGGGUCAGUCGACUUACCAGACGAAAUGGAGAAAAGUUUAUCAUCGGCUAGUACAUCACCGUGUCCAUCACCUAAGCCACAUAGACUUUUGCCAACAAACUUGUACGUCAUACUGUAUAACUUUAAAGCAAGACAUCCUGAUGAAUUAGAUUUGAAGGCAGGAUAUAAAGUUACGGUUAUCGACAUGGCCGACCCAGAUUGGUGGAAAGGUAAAUGUUUGGGUCGCAUUGGAUAUUUUCCGUCGAAAUAUUGUGCACGUUUAUCGGCUGGUGAAAAGCCACUUCAAGUCAUACAAAAUUUGCAGUUGUCCGAUGGUGAACGAAAUGACGGCAUUAUGACGCUGUUACGAGAUCAAAUUGUUGUGCAGAUUGGUGAAGAAAUUUCCGGCGCCGUUAUGGUCAGAUCAGCCGACAAUCGCCAGGGUAUUUGUCCCGUGAAAUAUUUGCAAGAGGUGUGACAACCAGAUGAAGAGAAAUUGGAACGAGAUCGCGAUAAAAAUCGCAAUUGUAGUAAAAUAAUCAAAAACGACCUGAACCAAAACAGCAGCAAAAACAUUAGUGAACCAAAAUCGUUUAAAAACUGGGAGAAAUGGGAGCGAUUUCGCGAAAGUAAAAUGGAGAAAAUGCGUCAACAUAAGAACAACAUUGAGCGACGACAGCGCGGUGAUAAUAUCGGUGACUGGACGUAUUGGAGUCAAAGGCGAGACAAAUUGAAACGAUUUCCGAAACAAGAAGCAUUAGAUCCAUCAUGGUAUACGGACAACAUCUACGCUAAUGAGUCGUUAGAUUUGGAUGACACCGUGCCGGACUACAUUAAAUACGAUCGAAUAUUUUUGCACAAAAAACAUCGACACGACGAUCCGCUGUACGACGAUGAGGAUGCAUUUAGUGUUCAUCACAAGCCCAGAAGUCCCGGUCGCGAAUACAAAUAUCCGAAAUCACGAAGUUGUUGUUUCGGAGGUGGCUAUGAACCGACGAUGAGACCACCCAUGCAAACAAUGCCAAAAUCUAGUUCAUUUAGUACAGCACGUGCCAAUGCAAACUUUGCCAAAAUGCGUGAUGUUCGAAAUGAUCCACAUCAUCACUGCAGCAAAUAUCGUGAACGUUAUCGCCGCUGCAGUGUAGACAGUGAACGUGAUAAUGAUUUUAUGUAUCCGCGAAACCGUGAUGGUCACAAAAGUGCCAAGCUUCAUCAACACCAUUCGGACGAAUAUCGGCCGAGGUGCAAGAGAAACUUUAACGACGAGGCUCAAGGUAGAAGCAAAACCGAAUACAUUCGUAACGAAUGGUACACCAAAUACAGUAAGAAUUCAAUAAAGCGAAACAGUGAUAAAAAUGGUAAUUUAAGCUUCGACGAUGAUGUCACUUAUCCACAACGAAGGGACAGCAGUGUAUGUAAUGAUGACUACCUUUUGGAAAAUCUGGACACAUUUGACUCGUACGACGAUAAUUACUUCGAAACAAAUAAUCAUCGCAGCUCAUUUGAUAACGAAAUGGACCAAUUUUCUAUUGACGAACCGGCGCAUACGAUGCUUGACGAUAAAUUUGAUAACGAUUUUAUGGACGAAUUUACAUACCGUCAACCAACUAGAAAUAAGAGCAUGUUAGAAGUAAAACCGCCCUGUAGAUUCGACGAUACAUCCUCAGACUCAACCGACGAAGACCUAGACGAUUUUAAUUUUGAUUUUGAAAAAUAUUGGGAAGAAUUGGAUAAAACGUCUCUAGAUAUCGAUUUGCAGAACAAUAAUCACAAUCUGACGAGCAACGUUACAAAAAAGAUAAAAAAUGUGAAUGUGGGCAGGUACAAUAACGGAUCAUUAAUAGACGAUGAUAUGUGCAGAACAAAUGAUCAAUAUCUCAUGCAUGGCAUAAACAAGAACAAUCAGGUUGAAGAGCUGAUGUCUAGACAACACAAUGGGUUCAUCGGUAACGAUUUUCAUUCACCGUUCACUAAUGCUGUUUCAGGCUCUCCCACAAUCGGCCGAUUGGGCCAUCGAAUACAUCCGGAACGUUCGUUUUUCAAUAAUUUCAACCACGAUGCCGGAAUAGCAUCGCAACAGAAUCAGCUUAACAACAAUAGUGCACUUAGCCUAAUCAACAACAUUUUCUCAAUUUACAAACCGAAAAAAUAUUCUCCGCUCAACUGUCACAGUCAACAAGUCGGCGUUAAACCAGUACAGUGCAAAAAAAUGAAUGUACCCAGUACGAUACGUCCAUUGGGAGCUCCACAAAACGAUUUUAUGACAUCACUAAAGCGACCAUUAUUGGUUACGUCAUCGCCUUGUGUGGAACAGCCCCGUUUCAAGAUCAUUCCCGAAAAGACUGGUCUGAAAAUAUCGCCUUUGUACCGUUUCGAUUUUGAUAACGAUGCUGCCAAGUUUCAGUUGAAGAGCACAGCACGACCGUUGCUGUUUCCACACUGAUGUUUCUAUUGUUUGGCGACUGAACGAUUUUGUGGUGUCUCGGGAUUGGGAUUCGGUGGUUGGAGAUGAUUGGGGUGAUUGGGUGCACUAUAUAUCUGUUCUCUAACCUUGACCUUUUACACAUCCCGCAAUUUGGUACAUUUCACUUGUGAUAUAGACUUUAAAUUAUACUUCGCAGGUUGACUGGCUGUUUCUUUCGGUGGAUAUUUUAAAUUAUAAUCGUACUGCCUUUCCUCAUUAUUAACCGAAAUUUUAAUAAAAGAAAACACUUUUCAUCAAUUUUAGAUGUCAACUUUUCAUGUGAUCGUUUGUUUCCGAUUGACAAUUAUUAUACUAACUGAAACAUUUAUGCUUUAAAGACUAUAAUUCAGUUAGCGAGUGAUAAGCAUAAGACAGAUAAAACAGACUGUACCACUUUCAGAAAUGCAGCGCUAAGCUGACUUAAAAGUAACAAUGUUUUCGUUGGGUUAGCGAGGCAAGCGUAUUCACAAUAAAAGCUAAUAAAUCUACUACUUCACUUAUUUCACCAUUAAUAUACAUUUUGCUACAUUAGAGCACACCAUUCAACAAAAACCAUAGCUUAUCAGGUGAAUAUUUUUCCUUAUAAAUUGAAUAUCAGAAAGAAAAUGAAUUAUCCCGAGUUUAGAAUCACCAUCACCAUUAUAAAACAUUUUGGAUUUAAAAAAAACUCGUGUUUUCUAUUCCAGUUUUAAGCCUUAUUAAUGUACUGUUGAAAAAAGCUAAAUUCUUACGAAAGAUUCUGCAAAAAGAGCUGCACAUUUCUUUUCACAUUGUCGUUCAUGUCGUCCAACAAUAAAAAAUAAUCUCGAAAAUUAAUAAACAUUUUAUUAAAAACGAUAAAAAUCCUAAAUUCAUACAAGUCUAGCACCCAGUUUAAAAAAAAUAAUUAAUUAACAAAUUACCAAGCUAUUAACAAUAAGCUACUAAUAAUUAUACUUAUCAAAAUACCAUUUUCGUAGGACAAAUACAAAAAAAAAUAUUUUAUGGAAUAUUUAGGCAUCAAAAACAAAAUUUAAAAAUAAAUUUUCUAAGACAAGACAAGAUAAGUGAAAGUUUAAAAUAUUAAAAAAUAUUCAUUGUUAUACGUAUAAAAUACCAAAUAAAUAUAAAAAAUAUGUCAAAAGAACGUAGAUAUUAUCACUAAAUAAAAAUAUUCAAAUAAAUAAAAAAAACAUUAAAAUUAGAUUACAUUUACAAAAUCUCUUAUGUCAAAAUGUGCACUGCAAAUUUCUUAUGUAUAUUAAGUAAAAAAAAAACAUUUUUCGUAUGUGACAUAAAAUGCCCGAUUCUUAUGAAUAUUUAAAAUAAAA